GAGCAGAGAUGUAGUGUAGCUCGUUGGGACACCGUGGCCAGCCGUCUGUCACUUUUACCGGGGAUCAUUUGUCUGACAUUAGCACGGAAUGGGAAAGACCGGAUUUAUUAUUUUGCACAGUCGCAUUGCAUGAAUGUGUCGCGUAAUGCGACUGAGAAGAACUGUCUUUGGGGGGAAAUAUUUAUGGUUCGGGACGGUUUUGUUGGAGUAGCUAGUUGCUAGCGCUGGGCUAGCGACUGUGCUGGCUACUUCGAACGUAUUUUUGCAAGGAUGCUACGGUGGAUACGACAGCAGCUGGGUUUUGACCCCCCACAUCAGAGUGAGACCAGGACGGUUUAUGUGGCAAACCGUUUCCCUCAGCAUGGCCACUACGUACCACAACGCUUUGCUGACAACAGAAUCAUCUCCUCCAAGUACACAAUUUGGAAUUUUGUUCCUAAGAAUCUAUUUGAGCAGUUCAGAAGGAUAGCCAACUUCUAUUUUCUCAUUAUCUUCCUUGUACAGUUGAUGAUAGACACCCCAACUUCCCCAGUUACCAGCGGUCUGCCUCUCUUCUUUGUGAUCACAGUAACUGCCAUAAAACAGGGCUACGAGGAUUGGCUGAGACACAAAGCGGACAACGAGGUGAAUGGGGCUCCAGUGUUUGUGGUUCGCAGUGGAAGUCUGGUCCAGACAAGAUCCAAGAACAUCAGGGUGGGGGACAUUGUUCGUGUGGCUAAAGAUGAGACGUUCCCUGUUGACCUGGUGUUGCUCUCGUCAGAUCGUCCAGAUGGCACCUGUCACAUCACCACAGCCAGCCUCGAUGGAGAGACCAACCUUAAGACUCACUACUCUGUGGCAGAGACAGCAGUAUGUCAAUCAGUGUCCCAACUGGAGGCUCUGCAGGCUGUGGUGGAGUGUCAACAACCAGAAGCUGACCUGUACAGGUUUGUUGGUCGGAUUACGGUGACUCAGCAUGGAGAGGAGAUAGUCAGACCGCUGGGUCCAGAGAAUCUGUUGCUGCGAGGAGCCAGAUUGAAAAAUACCAAAGAGAUUUUUGGUGUGGCAGUUUACACAGGGAUGGAGUCCAAGAUGGCCCUCAACUAUAAGUGCAAGUCUCAGAAACGCUCUGCAGUGGAGAAGUCCAUGAAUACCUUCCUUAUCAUCUACCUGGGCAUCUUGCUGUUUGAGGCCAUCCUCAGCACCAUCCUGAAGUAUGCCUGGCAGGCUGAGGACAAAUGGGACGAGCCCUUCUACAACCAAAAGACUGAACAAGAGAAAAACAGCAGUCCGAUCUUGAAGUUCAUCUCAGACUUCUUGGCAUUUCUGGUCCUCUAUAACUUCAUCAUCCCCAUCUCGCUCUAUGUUACUGUGGAGAUGCAGAAGUUCCUGGGCUCCUUUUUCAUUGGCUGGGAUUUGGACCUUUACCACGAGGAGAGCGAUCAGAAAGCUCAGGUCAACACCUCAGACCUGAAUGAGGAGCUAGGACAGGUGGAGUACGUGUUCACAGAUAAGACGGGCACCCUAACAGAAAACGAGAUGCAUUUCCGUGAGUGUUCAAUUAACGGAACAAAGUACCGGGAAGUUAACGGCAAACUGGUACCUGAAGGAAUGAGUGACGAUACACCAGAUGGUUCUACGCCUCACCUGAUUGGUGAUGAAGUAUUAUUUCUCAAGGCCGUGUCAUUGUGUCACACGGUUCAGAUCAGCUACGACCAGCCAGACUGUCUGGUUGGCGGAGGAGACCCAUUCGCCCAUGCAAACGGUUUCUCCUCCAGUCACAUGGAAUACUACGCCUCUUCACCGGAUGAGAAAGCUUUAGUAGAAGCAGCAAAGAGGAUUGGAGUGGCCUUCAUCGGCAGCAGUGGAGAUACUAUGGAGAUCAAAACAUUUGGCAAGCCAGAGAGGUAUAAACUGCUCCAUGUAUUAGAGUUUGAUGCCAACCGCAGGAGGAUGAGCGUCAUAUUGCAGACUCCCUCAGGAGGCACAGUGCUGUUCACCAAGGGCGCAGAGUCGGCCAUCUUGCCUUUCGCUACCGGUGGUGAGAUAGAAAAGACGAGACUGCACGUUGACGAGUUUGCAUUGAAAGGUUUGCGGACCUUGGUGGUAGCAUGUCGCCACUUCAGCCCAGAGGAGUACAUUGAUGUGGACAGGCGUCUGAAUGCUGCCCGCACCGCGCUGCAGCAGAGGGAGGAGAGACUGCAGGAGACCUUCAGCUACAUCGAGAGAGACCUGCAGCUGCUGGGAGCGACAGGGGUCGAGGACAAACUCCAAGACAAAGUCCAGGAGACCAUUGAGGCUCUGCGGCUGGCAGGGAUCAAAGUAUGGGUGCUGACAGGGGACAAACAUGAGACGGCAGUCAGCGUCAGCCUGUCCUGUGGCCACUUCCACCGAACCAUGAACAUCCUGGAGCUUCUGCAACAACGCUCUGAUAACGAGUGUGCUGAGCAGCUCCGCAUACUGGCCCGGAGGAUAAAGGAGGACCAUGUCAUACAGCAUGGGCUAGUCGUGGAUGGGGCCAGUUUGUCUUUAGCAUUGAGGGAACACGAGAAGCUUUUUAUGGAAGUGUGUAAAAACUGUUCGGCUGUGCUGUGCUGCCGCAUGGCCCCGCUGCAGAAGGCUAAGGUGGUGCGUCUUUUAAAAACGUCUCCGGAGAAACCCAUCACACUAGCUAUUGGGGAUGGAGCCAAUGAUGUCAGCAUGAUACAGGAAGCUCACGUGGGCAUCGGUAUCAUGGGAAAGGAGGGUCGUCAGGCCGUGAGAAACAGUGACUAUGCAAUUGCCAGGUUUAAGUUCCUGGCUAAAUUACUGCUGGUCCACGGUCACUUCUACUACAUUCGAAUAGCUACGCUUGUACAGUACUUUUUCUACAAGAAUGUGUGUUUUAUCACGCCCCAGUUUUUAUACCAGUUCUUCUGUCUGUUUUCACAACAAACUCUAUAUGACAGUGUUUAUCUGACACUGUACAACAUCUGCUUCACCUCGCUGCCCAUCCUGGUGUACAGUCUGUUUGAACAGCUGGUCCAUCCACACGUCCUGCAGAAUAAACCUGGUCUGUACAGGGACAUUAGCAAGAACUCUCUGCUGUCCUUCCGGACGUUCCUGUACUGGACUCUGUUGGGCUUCUGUCACGCCUUUGUCUUCUUCUUCGGAUCCUACAUACUGAUGGGAGAAGACACCACACUUAUGGGCAAUGGACAGAUGUUUGGAAACUGGACAUUUGGAACGCUGGUCUUUACUGUCAUGGUCAUCACUGUCACAUUAAAGCUUGCUUUAGAGACUCAUUUCUGGACGUGGAUGAACCAUUUUGUCACGUGGGGUUCGAUUGCCUUCUACUUCAUCUUCUCUCUCUUCUAUGGUGGCAUCAUCUGGCCAUUCCUCCACACCCAGGACAUGUACUUUGUAUUCGUGCAGCUGCUCUCCAGCGGUUCGGCCUGGUUCGCCAUCAUCAUCAUCGUCAUAACUUGCCUCUUUCCUGAUGUGGUGAAGAAAAUCUUCUACAGACAUCUGCAGCCCACCAGCACACAGAAGAGUCAGUCUCUAUCAACCCCCCAGACGCAGGCCCUCAGCUGUGUGGAGUCCCUGUGCUGCUACCAACAUGGGCAGAGCGGCUGUUCCCGCCUGGCCCACCUCCUGGAGCAAAUGACCGGCCAGUGCCAGGGCAGCGCCAAUAAUUGCCACUCAUCCAGCCGCGGCAACAGGUCUUGGAGCGACACGGAGAACUUCUACUCCAACGAUCGCAGCAUCCUGACGCUGUCGCCCAUCGAGGCCACCCACUGCUGACUCCCAGGGCCUCUGACUGUAACACGCAGCUGGGGGAGAGCUACUGCGCUAUGAAUCAUAAUCACACACCACCCCCAUGCCACCAUUUUAUAAACCUGCUCCAGUUUAAAGUCAGUGCAUUCUCAGCUGGACACAGACGGGAGCAUUAUGUGAACCCCAAGGACUCGGCUCGGUGCAGCAGGCUGCUUUAUCCUUCACCCAUUUGUUUCCCCCGAGUGAAUCAAUCCUCAGUAGAAAGGUUGAGAAGCACGUCAGGUGUCAAAUGCGGAUUGUGGAGCAAGUCAGCAUGGCAUGAAGCCGAACUCUGUGGAUUUACUCCUGUAGAAAGAUCCAGUGAACGUCUGAGCAGCAACAGAUUAUCAGAUCCCUGCUGCUAACAGGGUGUCUGCAAGUCCCGCAGAAGAAUCUGAAAACACCACAUUUUGAAUUCAGUAAACCUUUAAAAGACAUGUCAGCUCACAGGUGCUGCCGCCUGUCAUGCAGCUAUUUAUUAUUCUUUUCCAGUACAGUUGCCAACCUAUUUCUUCUUGCAACUGACAUAAACAUGACCUUGUACUGCAAGUCUUACAUAUUUGUAGACACAGAAUGGAGAUUCCUGAUAAUCAGGCAUCAGUCCCGCUCGAUGCAUUGCAGCCUAAGGCCCGUGACUGAACGAGCUGGUUUGGACAUGCUGACUGAGCUCAACACAGGACUGAGGUGGCUUGUAGAUAAUCCAUGUAGCUCCAGGACAGAAGCUCCACUCAGACUACAUUAAGAGUUCGUCUCAGAGGUGUCACCUUGCAGCUGCAGCCCAGACGUUGUGUUGCUUCAGUAAACUGCUGCAUAAACUUCCUCUUUGAGCCCGCUGCACCUUUGUUCCUCCAUCAGAUGGAAAGGGAAAAAGCUAGACCCCCCUCGGUCCUGUAGCUUUCAGAGCUGGACUUGUUUCGCUCGGACAUACAGUACUCGCUCGACACAGUGAAAGGAGAGUCAUCUCUACCGUGGAACCAAAGACCAAAGGAUUCAGACUGGAGUCUAAAAGAUGUUUAUUUUUGUGCCUGAUUGUAGGAAAGCUUAUAUUGUUAAGAAGACAGUUAUUUUUGUUCGUGCUGCUUUCUUGUCUGACUGUUGAGGCCCCGUUGCGCCGCUCAGAAGGAGGCCGGAUUGGGUCUGUUUGAAAAGCCAUACAUUUUCAAGAGGUAGUUUUAUUGAUCGAUUAUCGAAGGUACUGCAGAGAGAAGCUGUCUGAGCCUGUCGCUCUUGUCACUUUGUGUUCGGAAACUUGUUCCCCUUAAAUGCCUUUUCUCAUUCAGCCUGGUUAGCAAAGGCAUCUCUGCAUUGAAGGCCAUGAGGCUCAGGGAUAUUUUGAGGAGUUUUUUAAAACAUCUGUACAGACUUGGAGGUAGAAUCAUCCCUCUCAGUUGCCUGAAAAUAUUUCCUGAGUAUCAGAUCUCUGAUAUCGAUAUGAUAUGAUAUUGGUACCAUUUUUAUAUCAGUGAGACAAAAAUGUCUUGAAUAGCGAGAUGCUUUUCAAAACGGGGCUGAUGCGGGUCGACCCGGACAGCAGAAUGUCUCUAUGUUUAGAGAGGGAGAUUUCUCAGAUAAGUAUAAUUCAGCUUCAGUAGAAAUGAAAAGAAAAGCAGAGCGUUUGCACACAGAAAAAUCACAGUUUUUCUUUUUGUGUUUUCUCAAAUCAUUGCUCCUUUCUCCAUUGAAAUCAUCUGAAUCAUGUUUUUGCUGUUAUGUUGUUUGUCAUGUGUGUUUCUAUCCACAUGUUGAUGAAGUGUGUGUGUGUGUGUGUGUCUGAGUGAGUGUUGGGGUGGUGUAUGGCAGCCAUGUUGGUUGAAGGAAGUACGGUUCUUAGCUUUGUUGUGAGCUCUGCUGUGAUCUCAGUGGCUACUUGCUGUCUGCAAGUCAAAUGUUUCUCUUCUAAAGAAGGUGAAAUGAGGAAAAGUUUGACGGUUCUUAUUUUCAGGAGAAUUCAGUCCAGAAGGUGACUGACAGCUGACAGAUGUGCAAUGUAGAAACCUUUCAAGACAACCGUUUUAAACUUGACAUCAGCGACCGGUACAUGCCUCAGCCAACACAGAGUCAUCGGAUGUGUCUGUUGCUCCGGUUGAUGUUUAAAGACAUUUAGGUGUCUCUCAGCAGCUCAGAGUCAGAGUCAGUCACGGUUUUGUCACUUCAUUGAAUUUUCUGUUUUCUUUACGGUACAUGUUGUUUGAUGCAUACCUGGGCCUGUUGUAUCCUUUCUGUUCAUACAGGUGAAAAUGAAAGAGUCUAUUUAUUAUUGCAAUAUGUUUUCUUCUUGUGUUUGUGUUGAACUUUUCUUACAUAUCAGUAUGUACGUGUGUCACGGCCUGAAUGCAGCAACUUCCCAAGAUGUUUUACUUGAUAUUAGACAUGUAAUCGGGAGGCUCAGCCUCCAUCAAAGCUAUUUUUGUCUGACCUGAAAGGUGACUGUGCAGCUGGUAGCUGUCAGCUGCCUCAGUGUUAGCUUGUUUCAGGACAUUUAAAAGGACAUUUCAUUGAGAUCACUCCGUACAACAACCCAGCUGUUCUUUUUCAUACAUGCUAUAACAGUGUCUACCUGGAUACACCUGGGAUACCUGUAAUGUGGAAAAAUACACGUUAACGCUGUUUAAAGGGGCACUUCAUCAGUUUUACUCAUAAAGGCCCUGUUGACUUGUCAUGGAGAGCACUACUCAGCCUGUGGAAAUAGUUGUCUGCCUCUGAAGGGAGCUACGAAAUCAGCCCUGAUGUCAUCUUGAGUUGAGCUUAAGAUCUCAAGAAAUUGACAGAAACGUUGUUACAGGCGAGGGCCCUGGAGUUUGACAGAUGAAGGCAUGUAACAGAGCAGAGUGCUUGUUAAGAUGCCAUUGAGUUGCAUUGCGAGAACUGGAGGAUCCAGUAUUUUUGGAGCCUGAAACGAGAGACUUUAAUUCAGGAUUUCUUGCGUCUGCUGCAUUAAUUUUGACCACUCUUUUUAAUGGAACUUUAUGAACAUGCAAUACUAAGUCCGAGAGUACCCUUUUAAUACCUUUAAAAGGUCAAGUUUGAUGUAGCAGAGGCGGAGGCAUCAAGAUUUAAGGACUGGAUCCUGCAACUUCCCCCUCUGCAUGCUAAAUGUCAGCAUCUUUCCAACUGCACACAAGUCUCCAGCCCAAGCUGAGAUAACCCCAAUGAUUACAUCAAAGCCUGUAAAAGCUCCUCCAGAGAAGACUUUAUAUAACAGUUUUCACCGACCGAGCAGGAUUUCCUUGUGACAGCCAACAUUGAUGUAUAGAAUACUGUAAACUUAUGCAAAACCACACACAAGAUGAUAGACAUUUGGGGAAACGAUAAUUGCAUCUUAAUGUCAGAGUGUGAUUGCUCUGAAGGUCAGUAGAUGACAAAAUUGAAUCAUCACCCAGCCCUGAAGGUGUGAAAUGCCAGAAUCAGCCAGGGGGUAGAAACCAAAAUUGGCCAUCCCACCUCUCUGGACUCAGCAAUAACCUCAGUAUUCAGGAGGAUCUGGGAGCAUCAGAGCUGUGACCCUGCGGAGUUAUUACACAAUAUCAGAGCAGAUGGCAGAGGAGGGAAGACGAGUCCUCCCGGCCAAAGGCAAACGAGGUGGUGAUGUGCAGACACCUGCAGUGUUCGUGCAUUUCUGAUGCCCCCUUGUGCUCAUCUAUGGAGACCCAAAGAGUUCAAAACAAAAUAAGACAAAGGUGUGUGUAAUUACUGGGAUAUAUAGAGAAGUGACAAGUAGUCAUUACAUGAUAAAAAAAAAGGAGCAGGAUGAAGAACAGUUUUAAAAAUCUAUACGACUAUCUUGCUUCUCUAUUUAUCUAUUUUUAUUUUGAACACUUUGGGUCUCUGUAUUCACCAUCCAGUCACAGUUGUGAUUCAAAGCAGACAACCAGAAUACAUGUAAAUGUGGUCAUGAAAUAGCAUUUCUACCCAGACUGUAUAUCCAGGUACAGAUUUUAUUUAUUUUUUAACAUAUCAAAUGUAAUUGGGGCCCCAGUGGCACUCGAGUGAUAUCUUUACUGCUGUUCAUGCAGAAAACAGAUGCUAUUUUUUUUAUCAUCAGAUGUGUUUAUAAUAACCAAAACCUGAUUCUCCAAAGCAUCGCAGCACUGACGUCAUCAGAGCUUCAUUACAAGAGAGCAGCAGCGUUUGGAUACCAGGCCUCGGGUUAUUUCCAGAAGCGGGAGAUUACUCGGCCACAUAAUUUUUUAAAAAUGGCAAUUUAAUAUUUCAGUAAGCCUCCACCACAGAUGAUGACUAUGUCAUCCAUCAGAAGCAGUUUAAUUGGAUUCCUAAUUAAAGGGAUAGUUCAGAUUUUUGGAGGUGGAUGGUGGUUGGCCUGCCCCCCGUCCACAGUACCACCUGUGUCCUUCUCCAAACAGGGGCUGUGCUGACCACCAUCUACUGCAGGUAAAAACUAUGACUGACUAUGCAUUUGUACUUCAAUACAAUCCCACUUCAAAAAAAAAACCCUAAACAUCCUGUUAAAGACACCAAGAGCUGUUCUGUCUGCAGGUAUGGUUUUAAACCAAGUACUCCUGCAGACAUUGGCCAUACAUAUAGUGUGGAUGGAUUAUGUGUUAAGACCAGCUUCAGUGGUGGAGUCAUGUGUGACUGGAAGAAGAGUUCAUGGUCAUUGUGAUCAAACCAUCUUUCGUAUUGUCAGGAAGUUCUGUAGAAAAAGUUAAGAAAUGCUGACAGGUGACGUCAGUGCAGAGAUGCUCUUGGAAAACUCAGCCACGGUUUGCAGACUGGAAUCAAAUUAAGGUUUCCUUGAUCAAAUCAGCUAAAAAGGGGAGUCUAAAUGAAAAUGUCAACCGGUCAGUUUAGUGCAGCAGCGUGUCCUGUGACUCAGCAGCAGCCAGCGCGACAUGAAGCUGCAGAUCAUGUCGACAGUUUGCUGAAAUCACUUUAAUUGUCUCAUCAGUAAAUCAUGCUGCAGCAGACGAUUAAUAAACCACCAUCAUCAGUCUUCUGUUGGCCGGUACCUGUUGACGUGUCUGUCUGUCCUCCCUCCUCCUGUCUGUAAAUCUGUCUUCUAGCUGAUGUUUAUGAAGAUGCUGUUCUAUUUACGA